CACUCGCACUUACUAUCAGGCGGCUCCCUCCCCCCCUUCCGGCGACCGUCCUCUGCGGGCUGUUGAAGCAGCGGGUCAGACCACAACGCCAACACUGGAGCUGUAACAUUAACAACGGGGGCUCCCGUUCAAAAGCUGACCAGCCAGCGCAGUGUGAUCACUUGCGACUCCCUCCUGACCACCACCUUCUGUUUCGGGGAGAAGUGCUAAUUGACAAACCCCCCCCCACCACCACCACCACCCAAAAAAUACCCACCACCACCACCCGCUGCCGCCGACAUCCGCCAGUCAAACUCCCAAAUCUCCACCCAAACCCGAAGCCAACAUGGUGCAGAACAAGAUCACCGAAGUCACCGGAUUCCACCGAUCCUUCAAGGGUCAAAAUCCCUUUGAAUCAGACGACUUCACUAAAAAUGGAUCCCAUCUACUUGAUUCGUCCUUUAAUUUUGAUUCCUCCCCAAGAUAUGACAUACCUUCCAGCCGGCCUAUCGACAUCCCCGAUGCCAAGAAGAGAAACAAGAAGAAGAAGCGUUGCCGGGCAACUGACAGUUUCUCUGGGCGAUUCGAGGAUGUCUAUAGACUGCAAGACGAGUUACUAGGGGAGGGCGCUUAUGCCAGAGUGCAAACAUGCAUCAACCUCAUCACCAACAAAGAGUAUGCUGUCAAGAUCAUCGAGAAACGACCAGGUCACAGCCGCAGCCGUGUCUUCCGUGAGGUUGAAAUGCUCUACCAGUGCCAGGGCCACAGUAACAUCCUGGAGCUGGUGGAGUUCUUUGAAGAGGAAGACAAAUUCUACCUGGUGUUUGAGAAGCUCAGAGGAGGGUCCGUCUUGGCACACAUUCACAAGAGGCAGCACUUCAGUGAGCAGGAAGCCAGUGUUGUCGUGCAGGACAUUGCCAGUGCGUUGGACUUCCUGCAUAACAAGGGAAUGGCACAUAGAGACCUGAAACCUGAAAACAUUCUCUGUGAGAGAGCAGACAAGAUUUCCCCAGUCAAGAUCUGUGAUUUUGACUUGGGCAGUGGGAUCAAGCUGAACAGCGACAGCUCACCCAUCUCCACCCCUGAGCUCCUCACUCCUUGUGGCUCAGCAGAGUACAUGGCACCUGAGGUGGUUGAGGCCUUCAGUGAGGAGGCUACAAUUUACGACAAGCGCUGUGACCUGUGGAGCCUUGGAGUCAUCCUUUAUAUCAUGCUGAGUGGCUACCCACCAUUUGUAGGUCGCUGUGGUGGUGACUGUGGCUGGGAAUCGGGGGAACCCUGCCACACCUGCCAGAACACUUUAUUUGAAAGUAUUCAGGAAGGGAAAUACGAGUAUCCAGAGAAAGACUGGGCUCACAUCUCCUCAAGUGCCAAAGACCUGAUAUCCAAACUUCUGGUUCGGGACGCCAAAAACCGCCUGAGUGCCCGCCAGGUGCUGCAGCACCCCUGGGUGCAGGGGGGUGCAAGUGACACUUUGACAACAUCCAUUUUGCAUCAAAGAACCAGCAAUGCCAGGGAUCUGACUUUCUUUGCUGGAAAGGCCAUGGCUGUGAACCGUCAGCUGGCUGAACAGGACGACAUGGAAGAUCAGCAGCAGCAGGAAGUCCCAUUUGUUGUCACUGCCGCUGGCUCUUCUACGUACCUCUCACCUCCUUCCAUCUCCAAGCUGGCCAAGCGCAGGCAGCGAGGCAGCCAGCGCCAGGCAGGGCCUGUCUCUGCUGCGGAGCUCCGUGGGCUCUUAGCCCCUCUGGUCAUCAUGGGAGACUGUGCCUGAAUGUCAUCAACCCUGACCUCCGACCUCCCGUUAAGAUUUAAGUCCAGAUCUAAGACUGUCCUGAAACUCUCCCUCCCCAUUCCUGGCCACUCUCUCUGAUUCUAGCUGGCCUUGAUUCCUCUGCCAUUCAGGCUGUAUUGCCUCGCUGUAAAGGAAGUUGCUGCUUGCAGCUAUUCCUCUAAAUGCCUUCUGCCCUUCUGCAGCACUUCUGAAGCACAUUAUCCCAGGGCCUGCAUAUAGCAAAACCCCAGGUGGGGGAGGAGGGCCAGGUAAUGGUUUGGGAGAGAGAGAGAGAUAGAUAGAAGUAUUUUCAAAGUUCUGUUCUGUUUUCUUUUCAUACAUCUCGGUUCAGAACACUUAUCUUCAAAACUAAGCUCAGACACCAAAGGACAACCUGUUGUGCUGCUCCCACGUUACAACUGGAUCCACUGUGAAUUAAGUUAUCUGGAAUGUUCUCUUUGCCUGUAUGUGUUUGCAUGAAUGGCCCAUACGCAGAUACAUACAAGCUUAUGCAAUAGGCCAAGAUGAAGGCUGUUCCUGUCUUGAAGGGAUUCAGUAUACAGGGCUGGGAGGGCUGAAAGUCCAUGCUGUCCGUGCCUGGUGCGGUUCAUUGUGUGACUGGGGACUCUUCAAAGAUUUUUCUUUCCUCCAUUUAAGAUAAGUUCCUUACAGCUGAGCCUCUUCUGUAAAUGGCUGAGAUGAAACAUGCCCUCAUUCAGCACUUAAUGCUCCGGAAGAAUGUUUUUCUGUACCCAGCCAGCUCUGACUUACUGUUGCACCAACUCGUACAGUUUGUCAUAUGAUAAGAAGCCAAAUCAUCAGGGGCCACAUCGCUCAGUGUUUAUGAGACAGUCAGGCAAGUCUGAUAGUAUUAAAUAAAACUAUUUUUCUUGGGCCACGAUGCUUGGCCACUGCAAAAAAAAACCUCGGAGCGUGUUCUGAAGUUUGCCUGGUAUGUUGGUACACGCUGGUUAUACAGUAUGUUAAUUGGCUAGACAGGUGAAAACAGGCAAUUUACUUUACUCUGUAAAGAAGUCAUGACCUGUCCCCUUGCCACAACGAGAACUUAUUUUUUUAAAUUUUUGGGGUUAAUUUUCGGUUAGAUUUUUUUUCUACAGAUCAAAUGAUCCAUUAGAUUUAACCUCAGAGCUUUUGGCAGUAAAGGUUAAAGCUCCCAUCAGGGGUUUGAAAAAGCACAUUUUCGCCAAUGUGACAUAUUCUCAUUUUUUGAUCAAAUCGAUUUACCAUCAUCUUUGACCAUGGGUUGUCUUGUUUCUAAAGAGACGCACCCAUUUCAAAAUUAAUGACAUUUGACAAAUUUCUCUUUGCAAAAUAAGAGGCAGAUGAGAUUAUUCCAAAAAAAUAAGAAACAGGAAAAAAAGAAAAACAUUCCAUAAAAAGAAAAACAACAAAAAAAGUCUUCCAAGGAUGUGUAGCUGUAUUAAGUUUACUUUAAUUUUCAUGUUUGAAAACUCCAUGUCAAUGUGCCACACUGACUUUUCCCCCCCCUCCCAUUUUUGUAUGGCUGUUAAUAAGCUUAUUUUUCUAUAUGGUGAUUUCCAUGCAGGUGCAGUUAAGGGAACACCAAAUGUUUUUCCUUUUUUAAGUUCUUUUUUUUUUUUUUUUUUUAUGUUUGUGUUUUUAAAAGUUCGGAGUAUGUGGUGUAUGAGGUGAGAAGAUGGAGUUUGUUUAUUUGAUCUGGAGCGCUCAGGCCCAGUGAAGGCAAGUUUUUAAGUUUAAGUUGUUUUUUUUGUAAGAGUUGGCAAUAAUCUUUUGGUUGUCGUUUGUUCAGAUUAAGUUAAAGCUCAUUCUGAAACUGACAGGUAAUGGACUCGUGAUGAGGUGGUCUCACAACACUGUAGCCAUUUCACCAAAGACGGUUCUUUGAACUUGUGAUUCAUCACCUUGCAGUGACAAGUGGGAAACUUCUGAUUGUCCACGUCCUGUUGCCAGCACUGCGGCGAUGGUACUUUGGAAGUGGUGUCAAAGGACCCAUUAUGCUGAUAAUAGGACACUGUAUUAGUUCUAAAAAUACCUUUCUGCAGAUGCAUCGUUAUGGGGUUUUAUGUCUUAUACUAAGACUUACUUGAAUUUGUGUAUGCAGCUGAUUCUUCUCCAUUUGGGAAACUACUCGGCUAUCGGUAAUCUCAAACCAUUAAGCUAAUGAACAAGGCAAUCUUGGGGUUUUUGAAAAUACCUGUUCACUUCAGUAUUCUGCCUUUUCCCCCUUUUGAGCAUCAGACAAGUUAGUCCCUACUUUUUUUUGAUUGGGUUGGAUACUCAGAAACGCACAGACUUUGGCCAUACUCUGUAAUAUCCUCAAUGGUAUAUGGGAGUUUUCUCGGUCAUGACCAUUUCUACUUUUCUGUCAAGUGGCAGUCGCUUUUUUUUUUUUCCGACUGCCUCUUUCUGGUGAUACCGGGGCAAAGUGAUAUCCUAAAGCCUCACAACUUUUUUUUAUUGUGUGUCAUUUUGUAGAAGGAAGUGUUAAAAUUCAUUCAAAUAACCAUCAUCAUCCACCUCCCCAUAAUUUGAAUGUAGCCCAAAGGCAAAAGCAUUUAACAUCCAGCAACACUGAUCAAAAGUUUUAUAAACUGUUUGUUUCAUGGACAUGGUGUGGGGUUAUUCUGUCUAAGUGGAUCCAGUCCUCUUUUUUUUUUUGGAACGU